GGCGGCCCCUGAGGCGCAGCCAUGUACUCGGGUGCCGCCGCCGCCGCGGGACCACCGCGCCGGGACUUCAUCUCCGUCACUCUCGGUCCGGAGGAGGCGGUCGGGGUCGGUGGCUACAACAACAGCAAGGCCUGGCGGCGGCGCUCCUGCUGGCGGAAAUGGAAGCAGCUGUCCCGACUCCAGCGGAGUGUCAUUCUCUUCCUGUUUGCUUUCUUGGCAGUGUGUGGAGUAAUUUCAUACACAAGCACGGUGGAAGCAUGGAAAAGUAUAACAAACAAAUCGUUGGAUGAUCAGAGAACAGAACAAGAAAUUCCUAGAUUAAAGCUGGCAAAUCCAGCUGUUUUACCAGCACCCCAGAAAGCAGAUGCCAACCGUGGAGACUACCCUGAGCUUUCACUGCAGAAGCCACCAAAACCACCUCAUGUUCGUCAUGCUCCUUCCAAUCUUCAGAUCAAGGCACCACGGAGAAACAUGAGGCUGAAGACCCAACGUGAUGCCAUGAGGGCUGUUGAAGAGUUGGUCGAAGCAGAUAAAGUAGAGAAAACAGAGAAAUCCAUUAUCAGCUGGAGAGGAGCAGUCAUAGAACCUGACCAAAGCACUGAACCUCCAUCUAGUAAAAUAAUGGAACCAGAAAAACCUUCAUCUGUGGAAGCUGAAGACCAGAAAGAACCAGUGCCCAUCAAUGAGCGGCAGCUCGCUGUGAUUGAAGCCUUCCGCCAUGCCUGGAAAGGGUACAAGGAUUUUGCCUGGGGCCACGAUGAACUGAAGCCUUUAUCCAAGUCUUACAGUGAGUGGUUUGGACUUGGGCUUACCUUAAUUGAUGCCUUGGAUACCAUGUGGAUUUUAGGCUUAAAAGAAGAGUUUGAAGAAGCAAGAAAAUGGGUGGCAAAUGAUUUAGUAUUUGAUAAAAAUGUGGAUGUGAACCUAUUUGAGAGCACUAUCCGUAUCCUGGGUGGCUUGCUGAGCACCUACCACCUCUCCGGAGAUAGCCUUUUCCUGGAAAAAGCUAAAGACAUUGGAAACAGGCUUAUGCCAGCAUUCAAGACCCCCUCCAAAAUACCAUAUUCUGAUGUCAACAUUGGUCGGGGCACUGCACAUCCCCCUCGCUGGACAUCUGACAGCACUGUGGCAGAGGUGACCAGCAUUCAGUUGGAGUUCAGGGAGCUCUCUCGUCUCACUGGAGAUGAGAAAUUCCAGAAAGCUGUAGAUGAGGUGAUGAAGCAUGUUCAUACCCUCUCAGGGAAAAACGAUGGCCUCGUGCCUAUGUUCAUAAACACCAACAGUGGGCAGUUCACCCACCUAGGGGUCUACACUCUGGGAGCCAGAGCUGACAGCUACUAUGAGUAUCUGCUCAAGCAGUGGAUUCAGGGUGGAAAGAAAGAAAAUGAGCUGUUGGAAGACUAUAUGAGAGCCAUAGAAGGAGUGAAAAAGCAUCUUCUUCAGAGAUCAGAACCUAAGAAGCUUACUUUUGUGGGAGAGCUUUCUCAUGGCCAUUUCAGUGCCAAGAUGGAUCACUUGGUUUGCUUCUUGCCGGGUACUUUAGCAUUGGGAGCUCACAAUGGACUGGCUGCUGAUCAUAUGAAAUUGGCUGAAAGUCUGAUAGAAACCUGCUACCAGAUGUAUGCUCAAGUAGAGACAGGCCUGAGCCCAGAGAUCGUACACUUCAACCUCCAUGCACAGAAAGGCCACAAGGAUGUGGAAAUCAAGCCUGCAGACAGGCACAACUUAUUGCGACCAGAAACUGUGGAAAGUCUUUUUUAUAUGUACAGAUUCUCUGGUGAUAAGAAAUACCAAGACUGGGGGUGGGAAAUCUUGCAGAAUUUCAACAGAUACACCCGGGUUCCUACAGGUGGUUAUACUUCCAUUAACAACGUUCAGAAUCCCAGUAAUCCAGAGCCACGGGAUAAAAUGGAGAGCUUCUUCCUUGGGGAAACACUCAAAUACAUGUUUCUGCUGUUUUCAGAUGACAUAGACUUAAUCAACCUUGACAAAUACGUCUUUAACACAGAGGCUCAUCCACUCCCUAUCUGGGUGCCAGCAUAGACUCUGCAUCAGUGGAUCUUCCAGUGGUGGCAUUUUUAUCUUCAAGUCACUUUACUUUUCAGGGUUUGAGGAGAGAUGCUGUAAUGCACUGUUUUUUACUUCAAACAACAAACAUAAGCUUGGGAAAAGCAUCUCUGGUUUGAAGAAAUCAUGUCAGUCUUAAAUCUAAUCCCUGGUUCUUUGAUGGCCAAAGCUGUGCCAUAUGAAGCUAGUUUCCCUGGAACUGAUGAUGAGGUUCAGAAGGUAAUCAUAGUGUGGACCAUGACAUUCUUAGGGCUCUGGUGACCCAGAACUCACUUUUUUCAGUGUUACUAAAUGCUCAUUAAAUACUGGGAAUGCAGUGAGUUGGCUUAGGGCACAGUGUUGUUCCUGGAGAGCAGGACUAAGCCUACAGUUUUCUGGUUUAUUCUGGAUUCACUGAAACACUGGAUUACAGAGCCAUUCCUUUGUCAGACUGUGACAGUGGUUCAGGUGGCAGGUGGAAUAAACAAAGAGCUGUAGUGCUGUCCCAGGGAGAAGCUGUCAGUAUUGCUGCUGGUACUCUGAUCUCAUUCCAAGCUCCUGAGCUAUGCUGCAUCACCUUAGGAGAAGGAAGAGGCAGCAGAACAUCUGUUGUAUAGUGUCUUAGUUUUGUAGAGCACUUUGAACAGUCUAUUCAAGCUGUGGCUGAAAUGAUGGUAAAAGAGAAUUUGCUGCUGGUUUGGCUCAAAGUGGUAUAUAAUUUUGUAGAGGUAUUGCAGUUUUUUAACUUCCCUGCAGGAAUGCAGGAGAGAAUGUGAAAUGCAAGUAAAACUACAUGUGCAUUUUAUAUCUUUAUUUGCAUCAGUUAGACUCAGGUAUUCUGACUGAAAGCUGCUUUCUGAGGUUGGACAGUGCAAAAGCUUGUGAGCAUAUUAGGUAUUAGCCUCCUUCUGUCCCUCCCUGUUCAGGUAUCCCAUCAUGGGUGUUUAUUGACUCAAAACAAGCUUACAACUGUACAACAAAGUUCUUGUUAUUUGUAAUUUCUUGGCCCGUGGAGAAAUUUUCAGUUAUUUUUUUCCUUAGGAGUAGUAUUAAAAGCAGACAGUAUAAAGGUAUUACAGCAGUUCUAAUACCCAGAAGAAAUGGAGAAAUUUAUUUCAGUUACUUGAAGACAAAGUAGAACCAGGGUUUUUAAGAAUCUUACAGGAGCCCCAGGGUCUUUCAUUUUUAUAUGUGCACACUUACAGCCAUGAAUUUGGAAAUGAGCUUUCGAGAGUGCUUUUCCUUUUGGGUUUGGACUUGGACAGUCCUGUAUUCACUGAUCUCAGAAAUGUGAUUGAACCUAUUUCCAGAAGAGUUUGGUCUCACCGAAAGUCUUUUUCCCCCAUGGCAGUGGGUGUCACAGGCAGGGCCAGGAGCUGCAGUCCCCACUAAAUCCAGGGGUCCCUGGGCCCUAAUGGACCUGACUGAAUUUUACUAUAAUGGUUCAUUUUCCAGUGGCUGAGGGAGGUAUUUUAUAGUAAUUGUAACCUUUCCUUUGUAAAGUAAGAUGCAUCUUUAUUUGUUUUAGGCUGAUCCAUUCUGUUUGCUGGAGUUACAAGUUCCUCUUGGGACCAUUAUUUAAGUCUUUUAUAUAAUAUUUAUCAUUCCAUGUACUAAUGGAAAUGGAGAAAUUUUACAAAUUAUUUAAAUGCACAAUUUUUCUGUCAUCAGAGGAAGCCUGUCCUGGGACUGUCAGGACAUAACUAGUCAGUGCAGAAUGUUCAUGUUCGUCCUGUUUACAUGGCAGCAAUAACCAUGAGGAUGAGCUUCUCACAAGUGCAGUGGAAUCCAGUCACUAUGGCCGCACAACUGAUUUGCUGCCAAGGCUUCUGUUUUCUUUGGCUCAACAAAUGAGGAUAGUGCAGGGGAAAUGUGGAACGAAACAUCUUCAGUUUUUUUUGUUCAUGAAGCAGGUUUGUGCUGCUGAGGAGCUGAGCUUUGGCUAAAAGCUAAAGGCUUAAAAUUGGAGACUAAAGAAAAAAAUGAAAAAUAUAAAUUCAGUGACACUACCCAGGUUCUUUUGGCCUGUGUUGCUUUGGCCUUGUGCCUUUGAACAAAGCAAAUUUUGAACCUUUAAUUAUGACUGUGCUGUGGAUUGUAACACUUGCAGGGUUCGGUGUUUCACCCAGAGAGCUGCCUGACUGAGGCAAGAAAAUGGAAUACAUAUAUAUGCUUACCAAAAAUCUUCUGUUUUUGAAGUUGUACACAAGUCUUAAUGUAAUCAAUUCUACAAAUGGGACUAUGGGAGCCUGCGUGAUACUUUUUUUGCCUUAUGACUGGCUUGAGAGUAAUAAUUCAUUUCCUAAUGAGUUGAAGCAGAGAAGAAUAAACUGUCACUUUCCCAAA